CGACGACAACGACGACGAAGCCAAGGAUCGGGAUAUGGAAGACACCCUCCCGAUAUCAAGAGAGAGCACAACGCACGUGAAUUGGCUGUCGCGCGCUCAUGCCGCCCCUGCGGAACCACAGCAGCAGCGGCAACCGCUGUGGAAGACGCCUCCGAGCCAGAGCUCCCCGCGGCACUCGACCCAGACAUUUUGACUAAGAUGGCUGAGUUUGUGGGCGACAAACAAUACCUCGUUUUUGCGCCCGUGUCCCAAGACUUGCGGAGAGCGUGGGGGAAGGCGUCCGACAAUCACGAGCUAAGCCAUGCCGCACACGUCGUUGUCGCAGCUGCGCUGGAGCCUCGACUGCGGCCUCAAGAAGGAGAACGGGGUGCAAUACCGGCGCGUGCUCACGUCGCUUGCACGCACCGAUGACGUGGGGUUGCUCGAGGUCGCACACAAAAAGCUCGGCUCCGCUUGAUGUCCAAAUUUUUCGUCGCAGCUGCGGGAUGCGGACACCUUGACCUGCUCAUUUGGGCGACG